CUUGAGCCUGCCCGAAAAUGUUCUCCGCUGUUGUUGGAUUUCAAAGAAGCGCAGGACUUUGCGAUGAAAUAAAACGUUCGCACCCAUGAAGAACCGAAAAACAAACCGCGUGUUUGUCAUCUGAAGACAUUCUCCGUCCGACUGAGUCGUCGAACGGUCUCUCUUCGGAGACCCGAAGGGGAGAUUUGUCGGAUCGCUUUUUUUUUUUUCUCUCUCUCUCACGGAGGGAUGUCGAAUCCUGGGACUCGGAGGAACGGGUCCAGCAUCAAAAUCCGACUGACAGUAUUAUGUGCCAAGAACCUAGCAAAGAAAGACUUCUUUCGUCUCCCCGAUCCUUUUGCCAAGGUUGUGGUGGACGGAUCAGGUCAAUGCCACUCGACAGACACAGUCAAGAGCACACUGGACCCCAAAUGGAAUCAGCACUACGACCUCUACAUUGGAAAAGCAGACUCGAUCACCAUCAGUAUAUGGAACCACAAGAAGAUCCAUAAACGGCAAGGGGCAGGCUUCUUAGGGUGCAUUAGACUUCUUUCAAACGCCAUCAGCAGACUAAAAGACACGGGAUACCAGCGGCUAGAUCUUUGUAAACUGAACCCCUCAGACAGUGACGCAGUGCGGGGACAGAUUGUAGUGAGCCUGCAGACACGAGACCGCAUAGGUAGCGGAGGCCCUGUGGUGGACUGUCGAGGUCUAUUAGAAAAUGAUGGGCCUGUGUUAGAGGGAUGUUUCAGUGAAGAACCGCUGCCUUAUUCCGACCCCACUGGUGCCGCGGGUGGCGGGAACUGCCGUCUCGACUCACCCAGUCAAGAAAACCGUCUUCAGUCCCAGCGAAUUCGGGGGCAGGAUUCCCGAGGCCAUGGCCACACCCCUCAGAACAGACCUCACGGGCACCAACCGCCUGACCUGCCUGAAGGAUAUGAGCAGCGAACAACAGUGCAGGGCCAGGUGUACUUCCUUCACACACAGACAGGUGUCAGCACUUGGCAUGACCCUCGGAUACCAAGGGACCUGGCCAGUGUAAGCUGUGAGGAGCUUGGUCCCUUGCCAGUGGGCUGGGAGGUCCGAAGCACCGUGUCCGGACGCAUUUACUUUGUGGACCACAAUAACCGAACCACACAGUUCACAGACCCCCGUCUACAUACCAUCAUCAGCCAGCAAUCCCAAGUGAAGGAAUCCUCACAACCCCCCCAGAUGGAUGUGGGGGUUGAGGAGGGCGGAGUUGGUGGAAUGGGCGGUGGUGUCGGUGGUGACGGGGAUGUGGCGGCGCGCUAUGAAAGAGAUUUGGUCCAUAAACUGAAGCUGCUACGUCACGAGCUUUCCCUGCAGCAGCCCCAAGCGGGACACUGUCGCAUCGAGGUAUCUCGUGAAGAGAUAUUUGAGGAGUCGUAUCGGCAGAUAAUGAAGAUGAGGCCCAAAGAUCUGAAGAAGCGUCUCAUGGUUAAAUUCAGAGGGGAGGAAGGCCUGGACUACGGCGGCGUGGCCAGGGAGUGGCUGUACCUGCUGUGUCAUGAAAUGUUGAACCCUUAUUACGGCCUCUUCCAAUACUCCACUGACAAUAUCUACACAUUACAGAUCAACCCCGACUCCUCCAUUAACCCAGAUCACCUAUCAUAUUUCCACUUUGUGGGCCGCGUAAUGGGGCUGGCAGUUUUUCAUGGUCACUACAUCAACGGGAGCUUCACGCUGCCCUUCUACAAACAGCUGCUCGGCAAACCCAUUCAGCUCAAUGACCUGGAGACCACCGACCCAGAGUUGCACAAGAGUCUCAUCUGGAUAUUAGAGAACGACAUCACUUCGGUCCUGGACCACACAUUCUGUGUGGAGCAUAAUGCCUUUGGAAAGUUCCUACAACAUGAACUCAAACCUAAUGGCCGUAACAUCCCUGUUACUGAGGAGAACAAGAAGGAAUAUGUCAGGCUUUAUGUGAACUGGAGGUUUAUGCGAGGAAUUGAAGCCCAGUUUCUGGCACUCCAGAAGGGAUUUAGUGAGCUUAUCCCCCAACAUCUCCUCAAACCUUUCGACCAUAAAGAACUUGAGCUGAUCAUCGGCGGAUUGGGGAAAAUCGACUUGGCUGACUGGAAGACCAACACGCGCCUUAAGCACUGUACAAGUGAGAGCAACGUGGUGCGGUGGUUCUGGCAGGCGGUGGAGGCGUUCAGUGAGGAGAGGAGAGGACGCUUGCUGCAAUUUGUCACGGGCUCCACCCGGGUCCCUUUACAGGGCUUCAAAGCACUGCAGGGCUCUACAGGUUCUGCAGGACCAAGACUUUUUACCAUCCAUUUGAUAGACGCCAACACUGACAACUUGCCGAAGGCACACACAUGUUUUAACAGGAUAGACAUCCCCCCCUACGAGUCUUACGAGAAACUUUACGAGAAACUGCUGACUGCCGUGGAGGAGACAUGUGGCUUCGCUGUGGAGUGAAAAACCCGACAACCAAACCGACGUCCACACGGGCCCACUCGUGCUUGCACUUGCGUUCAACUCUUUGACUUUUUUUUGAAAAAAAUGUACACAACAUGCACAGAACAUGGAAUAUGCACAGAGUCCGCCGGAUGGCCCGUUCCUGCCCGAAACGUUGGCAGUUAAGAGGAGGAAGCACAGCAUGGAAGACAAAUGGAGGGGGGGGGGGGGGUUAAAAAAAAUUCUGAUGUUUUGAAGAAGCAUUUUUUAUCUUUUCAGUUUUAAGAAGCUAUGAUGUCAACUCCUUGGAAUGUCUACAGCCACAGCGAACUCGUCACCAAUCAUGAGCCUGCAAACAAACACGGUGCGAUGACGUCUGGACGGAGAACAAAGCUUACCGACUGUGUGACAUCCCGAUCGACUGACCUUUACUCACGCGUUCACUUUUCGACCACCGUCGCGUACCCGAACGCGCGUCUACGCGCGUGUGCCCGCGAGACGGCGCGCGCCAGCUGAUUCUUUUGUUCAAACGAUCAAAUGAGCCCGCUCUGUUAGAUUACGUUUGUGUCUGUUCUGUUUAUAUGUACCUGCGACCACUCUGAUCCACUCUUUAUGUUUGAUUAUUUAUUACUAAGUGAUUACUGACCAAGCUGCUAUAUGCUCUGCAAGGAGCUCACACUAAUCUGUUCAUCCCUUUUCGCAGAGUUCAUGGGUCAAUUCACUUCCAAUUCAUAGUAAUCCACAAAGUGGGUUUGGAUUAAUUUCUUUAUUUUAGUUUUUUUUAACAUGCAUACUAAUGCAAACAUUCUUGACUGUGUGUACACUAUGAAUACCAUGGUAUGUUUAUUGAGGUGAAAGGGAACAAUCUUCCAAGUCUUGAUUUUAAAAUUUUGCUCUCCUGAGAGGUCAGGUGGCGCAGCGUUACGAAUUUUCAAAAUGAGCCAAGGAAAUGGAAAGGAAGAGUCGGCUUUAUGUGACCCGUUCAGUAAAAACUCUUGUUUUAAUAACUUGGCGAAUGUUCCCCUUGGGCAACCCUGACGUUUCUCUGUCCAUAUUGUUUCUCCAGCUCUUUGUCGAGCGGUCAUUAACCUCAAGGCAGCCAUGAAUGAACAAACGCUUUAACCGGUCCUCCACAGAUGUGAAUGAAUUAAUAACAAAUCUAACUCUUGAGUGAGAAAUGUGGAAAAUAUCAGGCUUUACUGUAGAUUGAUGACUGUUAAGCAGAAGAGUUUCAAUCUGCGUUUUUUUUAGGUUCUGACUUCACUGUGUAUGAUGCAAGAGUAUUGAAACUUACUAUGUAUUAAAACAUUUAUGAAAAAUACUGUAAAUAAGAUUAUAU